CAGGUUGAUUCUGCUUUAGGAUAAUGGCAGGAAAAGUAAAGUGGGUAACUGACAUAGAAAAAUCUGUUCUAAUAAACAACUUUGAAAAAAGAGGCUGGAUUCAGGUGUCAGAAAAUGAAGACUGGAAUUUUUAUUGGAUGAGCGUGCAAACAAUCAGAAAUGUUUUCAGUGUGGAAACUGGUUACCGCCUUUCUGAUGACCAAAUUGUCAAUCAUUUCCCAAACCACUAUGAACUGACUAGAAAAGAUUUGAUGGUAAAGAAUAUCAAGCGAUAUAGGAAAGAACUUGAGAAAGAAGGAAGUCCUCUAGCAGAAAAGGAUGAAAAUGGGAAAUAUGUUUAUUUGGAUUUUGUUCCUGUUACUUUUAUGCUUCCUAAUAAUCUCUUUGUUGAAGAAUUCAGAAAAAAUCCCUCCAGCACUUGGAUUAUGAAGCCUUGUGGCAAAGCUCAAGGAAAAGGAAUAUUUCUAAUCAAUAAACUCUCCCAAAUUAAAAAAUGGUCUCGAGAUAGCAAAACAUCUUCGUUUGUAUCUCAGUCUUCCAAAGAAGCCUAUGUGAUUUCUCUCUAUAUCAACAAUCCAUUACUUAUUGGUGGAAAGAAAUUUGAUCUUCGUCUAUAUGUUUUAGUAUCUACAUAUCGUCCACUGAGAUGUUACAUGUAUAAACUUGGAUUUUGCCGAUUUUGCACAGUAAAAUAUACACCAAGUACAAGUGAAUUGGAUAACAUGUUUGUACAUCUUACAAAUGUUGCCAUUCAGAAACAUGGGGAUGAUUACAAUCAUAUCCAUGGAGGCAAGUGGACAGUGAGUAACUUACGCCUGUAUUUGGAGAGCACCCGUGGAAAGGAAGUCACAAACAAAUUAUUUGAUGAAAUUCACUGGAUAAUUGUGCAGUCACUGAAGGCUGUUGCGCCUGUAAUGAAUAAUGAUAAACACUGCUUUGAGUGUUAUGGAUAUGAUAUUAUCAUUGAUGACAAGCUUAAACCAUGGCUAAUUGAGGUUAAUGCUUCCCCUUCUCUUACUUCCAGUACUGCUAAUGAUCGCAUCUUGAAGUAUAAUCUUAUUAAUGACACACUCAACAUUGCUGUGCCUAAUGGGGAAAUUCCAGACUGUAAAUGGAAUAAGUCUCCACCAAAAGAGGUUCUUGGCAAUUAUGAAGUCUUAUAUGAUGAAGAGAUGGCGCAAAGUGAUGGGCCUGAUCGUGACUUGCGAAGUCGGUCGGGGCAAUCCACUGGAGUAAAAGGAAAUCGUGCAAGAGAUUUAGGAAAGCCUGUACUAACCACCUGGAAGUGA